CCAAUGAACAACUCAGAACCUAUUAGCGUCAGCCUCAAAGGAGCUAACAAUGCGCAAUAUACGAUCAUUACAGAUCUGAACGAAACAGUUGCAGAUUUCAAGAAGAAAGUCGAGGAAAAGACUCAUGCAAGAAUGGAACACCAGAAGCUUGCCUAUAAAGGCAAAGCUCUAAGCAAAGAUGAUGUGACUCUAAAAGAUGCAGAGUUUAUUAACUGCGCUACCGUUCACAUGAUGGCAGUAGUAAAAGGCGGGCUCUUCUAACUGCUCUUCUCCUUCAAACUCGCCAAACCCCAUUGACUCUUCCUAAAUCUUCCAUAUCCACUCUCAGUCUGUAUCCAAAAGUAUCCUAGGUA